AUGACGGACUGCAGUCUUUCACCGGUUGUACCAUAUGCUUUGAUCAACUGCCAUGGCGAUGUUCAGGGUGAUGCUGAAGUUGUCCUAAAGGCCAAGCAAACACUGUUCAAGGUUCGACUUGCACGCCAGCCACCAGAAGAGUUUGAUCAAUCGGAAACCGUUGAAGGGAAGUUCCUUAAGAGGCUGGCGAAUCGUCGGACGGCGGAGAUUGCACGAGAGGACCUAGCCGACUUUCUCGGACCACUUUGCCAACCCUUUUUCAAGUCAUAUGCGCGCUAUUUUGGAGACAGCCUCAAGUCGCACCUCAAAAACCCCGAAGUAUUUUUGCAGCUGGUGACUGACAAGGGUGUCCCUAAAGUCUUCAAAGUAAACGGCGAUCUACCUUGCUCUGAUAUUAUACAUCUAUCGUUGGAGACAGACCCCACCGUUCCAUGUUAUCAGUUAUCCGAUGCUACAGUUAUAGAGACGAUUAUCGACGACUACAUUUUUAAGGUCAUUGUGCACGGGGACAUUUUUAUCUGCAAAAUGUCUAGACGUAACGCGACUGAUUCAUUCGAACGCGAACUAGACCUUCUUCAAAGGUUAUCUUCUUUGGAGGUUUCUGAUCAUUUGCUUAGGGUGCCCAGGCUGGGGGGAAUGAUUGGAUUCGAAGAAGGAUUUCCUGGAAUACUGCUGAUGGACAUUGGUGCUGAAUACAGUCUGUGGGAUAUCGAUGUGGGGGCAGCUGAAGCUGGAGAGCGCCGGAAAUGGGCCUGUCAAAUCCGAGAUUCUGUUAAACUACUGCAUCGGAAUGACAUUGUUUGGGGCGACGUAAAGGCAGAAAAUGUCCUAAUCGACUCUCAAAGGAAUGCAUGGCUCAUAGAUUUUGGCGGUGGGUGUACAGAAGGAUGGGUUUCUGAAGAGCUUUGCGAAACUAAGGAAGGUGAUUUGCAAGGGUUAAUGAAUAUAGACAAGUUCUUGGGCCUAUGA